CUUCCUCCCCUCCCAAACUCCCAAACCUCCGCGGCCUUUCGCUUCGCUUCGCUUGCAACCCCCAUCGAUACUUCCCAGCAAGCUACAAGCUCCUGCCUCCGCCCCGCCUCAUCAUCCCAUGGCCGAUCCCCAGCCCCAGGCCGAGGCCCUGACGGAGCCCGCACGGAUCAACGGCGCUGCGGCGGAGGCCACGCUCUCGGGCGGCGAGCUGGCCUGGCGCCCAGCCGCCGCCGGCGGCGGCGGCGGAGAGGGGCAGGAGCGGCGGCUUGAGCUGGAGUCGGAGGUGCUUGGGUGCCGGGUCGAGGGGAGGAAGCUCAGGGUCGCAACCUUUGCCGCGAGCGGCGGCGGAGACGGGGAGCGGCCCUCCGCGGUGGCCUGCGGCGGCGGGGGCAAAGGGGGAGGAGGAGGGGAGGUGGUGCUGGAGAUGGAAAGCGAGGACGCCGCGGCGCGUUGGGGGCACGCCAUCAGGGAUCGCCUCGCCUCGCUCGGCCGUCCAAAGAGACUGUUCAUUAUAGUGAACCCUUAUGGUGGAAAGAGAAGUGGUCGGAGUAUUUUCCAGAAUGAAGUCCGACCUCUCCUUGAAGCUGCUGGCAUUCUUUAUACGAUGCAAGAAACCAAGCAUCGCCUUCAUGCUCAAGAGAUUGCACAUUCACUGGAUAUUAGGAAAUAUGAUGGGAUCAUUUGUGUCAGUGGAGAUGGUGUUAUGGUAGAGGUUGUUAAUGGUUUCCUGCAAAGGGAGGACUGGGAAACAGCAAUUAAAGUGCCACUUGGGAUCAUCCCAGCAGGUACCGGAAAUGGAAUGGCACAAUCUCUAUUGCAUGCUGCUGGCGAACCAUUCUCCAUACCAAAUGCCGUGUUUGCCAUAAUCAGAGGCCACAAACGUGCACUUGAUGUUACUUCUGUUGUGCAGGGAAAGACAAGGUUCUUUAGUGUCCUGAUGCUUACAUGGGGUCUGGUAGCUGAUGUUGAUAUUGAAUCAGAGAAGUACAGGUGGAUGGGAAGCGCUCGCCUUGAAUUUUAUUUCCUUCUCCGCGUGAUGAACCUGCGACGGUACAAUGGGCGUGUCCUCUUCGUUCCCGCACCAGGAUACGAAGAAGUCGGUGAGCCCGUGGAGCAAACUGCUACCAGCUGUAAACAGAACGGGGUUAGCACUGGUAGCCAAGAAGACAAAGCAGAUGACAGAAAUGGUGAAACGAGUGGUUAUCCGGGCCCAUCGAUCGAAGGAGCUGAUCUCGAAUGGAGAUCGCUGAGCGGUCCAUUCGUUUCGGUUUGGCUCGGCAACGUUCCUUUCGCCAGUGAAGAUGCAAUGGCAGCACCAAAAGCAGAGUUUGCGGAUGGGUACCUGGACGCAGCUAUAAUCAGGGACUGCCCGCGGUGGGACGUGCUUGGGCUCAUGUUCCAGAUGAAGGACGGCGCGUACGUGAACUCGCCGUACGUGGAGUACUUCAAGGUUAAGGCGAUCCAGAUCGAGCCGGGCCUGCGGGUGGGCAGCAGCAACAAGGGCGGCAUCAUCGACUCGGACGGGGAGGUGAUCGCGCGGGGAGACGGGUCCCGCGGCGGCGGUGAGCCGGAGCACCUGAUGGCGUACGGCCCGCCCAUCCAGCUGACUGUGGACCGGGGGCUGGCCACCAUCUUCUCCCCGCGAUCGAGAUGACACGGUUCUUCGUGUUCUUGUUCACCAUAUAGUGAUUUCCACUUCAUUAGCCCCGUCAUUUUCUCUGUCUGUAAUCGUUUGUUACAUACAUGUAAAUACUCUCACACCACAAUAUUGCAAGAGCCAAUGGAUGACCCAAGGAGCGAGAUGUCUGUCCGUCGAGAUUCUUUGUUGCCACA